CUCCACGUCGAUUCUGAAACUCGUCUCUCUCUCUCUCUUUCCGUCUUUCUGACUCCCUCUUGUUUGAAAACUAGGGUUUUGAACUCAAAAUCGAGAAGAGAUCGAGAGAUUAAGAUUUAAUAUAUUUAGGUUUUUGAUUUCAUUGGUUGUGAUUAUUCGAUUUGGAUUUUGAGAAUUUAGGGUUUUAUUUAGAAGAAGAAGAGAUGGUGGAAAAGGGAGAUGAAGAAGAACAAGAGUAUGAAAGUGAUCCAGAAGAAGCACCGUUACCAUUAACGAUGAGAAGAAGAGAAGCAAGUGAUGAUGAAGAAGGAGAAGAAGAAGAUUCGAGAAUGGAUCGAAGAAGAGGAGGAGGAGUUGUUGGUGUUUCAGAUGGUGAAUCAGAUGGUCAAGGAGGUGUUGAUGAUUAUGAGUCUGAGGAAGAGGAAUCGGAAAUCGAGGAGGAGGAGGAAGAGGAAGAGUAUGUAGCUGAGAGGGAAAGAGUUACCAGUGGUAAUGAUGGGAAUGAGGUUUCUGGUGGUGUUUUGGAAUCUGGUGGUGGUGGUGGUGGUGAUAAUGGUGAUGGGGAGGGUGAAGAAUCAGUGGAUAAAGUUGAAGGAGAAGGUGAGAAGAAAGAGAAUGAACCAUUUGCUGUUCCUACUGCUGGUGCUUUUUAUAUGCACGAUGAUCGUUUUCGAGAAAGUAGUGGUGGUGGUGGUCGUCACAGGCGUACUCUUGGUGGGAGGAAAUUGUGGGAAUCCAAAGAUGACAGGAAAUGGGGGCAUGAUAAAUUUGAAGAACUGAGUUUGCAAGAACCAAAAAAUGACAAGGAAAGGAAAAGAGGUGCUUAUAGGGGGGGUCGUGGAAAGAAACGAGGUACUGAUCGUGGGUAUGUUAGAACAAACAGGAUCAGAAACUAUGAUGACAAUAAUGAUCAAAAUAGUGUCCCGAAGAGUGUGAAAGGAAGAGGUCCCAGAAAAUAUGAACCUUCUGCGAGGAAUAAUGGUGAUGCUCCACCAAAUCAGAACAAACAUUCUGGAAGGACUUAUGAGACAACAAUGAGUAAUAGUAAUUCAGGGAGGACAUCCAACCACACACACCAAAAUGCUCAGUCUAAUCCUGCUGCUCCGCGUAAACAUGUUUUUGCGUCAAGCUUAAGCUCUGCUUCUCCUCCAUUUUAUCCUUCUGGUUCUUCCAAUCAAGAUGUGAUAGUAGCACAGAAAAGAGAUGUGCAAGCUGGACCUUCUGAGAAGUUCUCAGUGCCUCAUGCCAAUUCUUUGGCCAGAGGAAAAUCUGUUGUGGAUCCUAUUGUGAAGGGCAGGCAGUAUAUCAACGAGCCUGUUCGACCACUUGUUGGGAAAUUUUCCAAUAUGCAGUUACAGUCAUCUGGAUCUUCGAGAGUGAGUUCAAAUCAAACUCCACAAUAUAGGCCUAAAGUAAAGAGUCCAGAGGUUGUGGCACAACAUAACUAUCAAUCAACCUCUUCUCCCAACCAUGGCAACAUAGGUUCUAUGCAGUAUGCUGUUGUUCAACAGAAGCCUGUAAACCCAGUUCAGCCUGGUUCUCAAGCAUCCUCUCCACCUAAAGGGUCGUCGACGAACUCAUCUGAACCUGGAGAGACAGAAUCUCCAACAGGAUCCAGUAAAUCCAAGACUGCGCUUGUUAGUAAAGGAAAAGGUAGCGCUCAAGGAAGUGGGAGGGGUACUUUUCUCUACAAUGGAGCGCAGGUUGUUGGAGCAGCUGGGAACAUGGGUGUUGCACAUAGUGAUCAAAAAUAUCCUGGCACUCCAGCGCUUUUGCCAGUUAUGCAAUUUGCGGGACAGCACAAUGGUGGCCUUGGAGUCCCUGCUGUUGGUAUGGCACUUCCUGGAUAUGUUGCCCAACCACAACUCGGAUUUGGGAAUUCUGAGAUGACUUGGGUACCAGUCCUGGCAAAUGCUGCUGGUGCUUUAGGGGCACCGUACUGUUCGCCCUAUUUACCUGUUGAUGGUACUUAUUAUGCUCAGCCAUCAGGACAAACAUCUUCAUCUGCCUCAAGAGAUGUGAGUACGAAUAAACAAAAUAUUGACUGGAAGCCUCCAGCAGAAAGACCUGAGCUCGCGAACGAUGAAUUUGGGCAGCGACAGAACAAGUCUCGCAGAUAUUCGGAGAUGAGCUUUGGCCAGUGAAGUACAUAGUGGUUUGAGUGUAUUUCUAAUAAGCAGCUAAAAGGCCUUUCUCAUGGCCCUUCGUGACUCCAGGUUUUGUUCUGAAGCACUUUGGGCAGCUUAAAUCCCAAAUUAUGUUAGCUAUAUAUAAGAAACGCCUGGUCAUGCUGCAGUUGACGUGAGAAGUUUGUUGCAGUUUGAUGGGUAGCAGUUCCUUGUUGAGGUGUACGGGUUUUCUUUGGCUUGUUGUUCUUUUGUGAAGCUUAUGAGAAAUGGAAGUAGGCUUCUUCAUAAACAAAGAAAAAAAAAGAAAAUUUUGAAAACAGAAAAAAGGGGCAGUAAAUCAGUUAGUGAAGUUCUGAAGUGGUUUCCUCCAUCGGUUUUAGAUGAAAAGAUGACGGUGUCUCUGUGUACCGACAUUUGAUCAUUAUGUUUGUGAUAUUUGGGUUUCUUUUCGAUACAUCAGUAAUAUGUGUUUGGUUCUUUUUAAGGGAAUUUGCUAGAAUCCCUGAGACAACUAUUUAUUUAAUAUAUGUGAUUAUGUUUCAUA